AUGACUUUACCUCAGCAGGAUCAAGAAGCAUGUGGUGCCAAGAAAAAAGCUAUUGAAAACGCAGCAAGACAAACCAAGAUGCAAGAAUGCAACAGUGACAUCAGGCCAAGACCGUCCUGCCCCCAAAAAGAGAACUGGCGCGUCACCGGCGCCUACUCCAAGUCGGAACUCCAGCUCCACUGGCAAGUCAAACAGGACUGUGGCAUCAAGAAAGCCGUCAACACUGAGUCCAUUGAUACACUUAAAACUCAGUUAUGGUACUUACAUUGGGCACUGGCAGAAUGUCAUCACGACAUGGUGGAUAGCGACUCAGAUGAUGACUUGCUGGAAGCUCCACUGAUGGUUGAAGCAAAACUCUGCCGAACUUAUGCUAUGCAAGAUGUGGCAUUGCCUAAAGAUGAAGAUGAGCAGAGUGCUGACUCUGAUGCAAACAGUAAUGAGAGCAGUGCCACUGACGGUGAGGAUGAAGAUUUGGCUGCGAUGAGGCUUUCAGAUGAGGUCGUGUUGGUCGUCACCAACAAGCAGCAGGUAGCAUCAAAAUCAUUAGAGACUCCUACCUGGGCCAAUAUGGAUGUCGAAUGUGCAGUUUUGGAGUCCAUUGAAGAUCACUUGACUGGUGGUGACUCAUCAGAAUUUCAACUUUCUGACAACGAAGGCACUGCACCGACUCGGAAACUUACUUCUGACGCGAAGACUCGGAGUAUCGCCUCGCUCAUUAAAACAGAAAGCGGAAAGGUGAAAUUACUUGAUCAGAACUUAGAGACUCGUAGAGUUCUUCAGUCCGCAAUCGUGGAAGUCAAGUGCCACCUUUAUUUCGCCAACAGCUAUCCUGAACUGGUCGACAAGAACCAAGUCACACUGCAAGCAUUGAUAGUAGUUGCCAAAAAACGUGGUGCGCAUUCAAUCAAAGAAUGUCUUCAAUCGGACGAACGGUAUGUGUCACAACUCGGUAGCUUGGUGGAUGCUCGUGUUCCAAUAUUGCGCCAUGAGCUGAAGGAAGACGCAUGUGCACAUGCCAAUGGUUACUUUCACCUUGGACACACCGAUACUGGGAAAGCUGCAGCGAGAAGGCUAUUGGAUAAGUUUGCAUAUAUAUAUGCCUUGAAGUUUGAUAUCAAUAACGAGGCUUCACCCAUUGGAAAGAAGCCCUACCAGGGUGAACUCUUAAUUUUCCUAAUAUAUUGGCAGCUCUUUCAUAGCUCGAAAUCCAUUGCCAUCAAAUUUGUGGAACGCUUCGUCGAAAUUGCCAACAACAAAGGCCAGCGCCCCGAAGUCCCUAUCCCUUUGCUGGCAUUGGUUGCAACUGCGGUGUAUGCAGCCCUUCUGUGGAAGUCGCAAGGUUCAUCAUCGAAAUUCAACUUUACAGGAAAUUUAUUCAGCGAGACAUACAACUACCAUGUCAGGUUCCUGGAAAAACUGAAGAAGGACGCACCUGCAAAAUUCCACUGUAUGAUGGCCGACAUCUAUGAGGCUGCACAGAAGUUGCGAUACAGCGGCGCCACUGCCGGUGGCCAUGCUGCUGAGCUCGAAGCAUUCGACUUACUUGACCUCGACAAUAUGGAAGAAGACUGA